CCCCCCCCCCCACACCAGACCGGCGAAAAAGAGUGUGGGUUAGAAACUGGGGGAGAGAGCAGAAAAGAAACAAACCUUUUUACCACAUUUACUUUUUAUUUGCGUUUGUUUGUAGUCGAGGAAAUAGGAUAGUCAUGCGUCGCCAUUUCGAAAAACCAGGAGAUUCAACUGUUCCAACAACGAGUAUUUCGAUUGAGCAAUCACACCAACGACCACAACAACGGUCGCGACGACGAACAUGGAGUGGUGUAUUAGGCUGGCGCUAUAAGAAUAACAAAAGUAGUAGCAACAAAGACACCAAGAGCACAACUGCCUCCGUUGCCACUGUUACUACUCCUGCAACUACUGCUACGCGACACGUACCGCCACCGUUACCGCCACGAUAUCAACAACAACAACAACGACGACAGCAGCUGCAUGAGACACUGUCGCCACCAACGUCUCCUUGCUCUGUAGCGACUACGAUCAGCGUACUUGACAGUCAUUCACUAUCAUCAUCACCAUCAUCAUCGCUAUCCUCACCCUAUCAGCCUAUUCCAAGUGCGUUUCACCGUCAUCCUUUCGAGACAUAUCACAUUGAUCCCGUUGUUGCUAGUGGGAAAGUCAAGCCGAUAAUUGCUACGACCAUCCUUUUACGGACCACCUACUUGAGACGAAAUCCGAAUUUUCGGUACGACUCGUCUCGGAACCCGCGUCGCGUGCUUACAAAACCAAGUGUCGGCUGCAAAAACGAUCGAUACGACAAUGAAAAUUCCGAUCUGAUCUUAUAUGUAAAUGCUGUUCUGGGAAGACAAGAUAAGCACCAUGGCAACACAUACGUCGUACAAGAAAUGCUUGGAUCGGGCACGUUUGGACAAGUGGUGAAAUGCGUAGAUACGUCGACCCACAAGAUGGUUGGCGUCAAAGUGAUCAAGAACAAACCGGCAUACCUUAAGCAGAGUAUGGUGGAAGUGGAGAUCUUGAAACAUCUCAACAACGAGUGGGACCCCAAAGGCGACCACCACAUCCUACGGCUACUGGAUGUCUUUAAGCACAGACAUCAUCUCUGCAUUGUCUUUGAGCUGUUGUCAGUCAACUUGUACGAACUGAUCAAGCAAAACAAGUUCCGUGGUCUCUCGAUCAACCUGGUCCGUGUCCUGUCUGCACAGAUCAUUGAUGUCCUGAUCAUCCUCAAGGAAGCAGCCAUCAUCCACUGUGAUCUCAAGCCCGAGAAUAUUCUGCUCAGAAACCUCGAUUCGCCCGGCAUUAAAGUCAUUGACUUUGGAUCCGCUUGUCAUCAAUCCAAUAAGCCGUACACGUAUAUCCAGUCCCGGUUCUAUCGGUCGCCAGAAGUGCUGCUUGGUAUCAAUUAUACCAGUGCCAUUGACAUGUGGUCGUUUGGAUGCAUAGUGGCCGAGCUGUUCUUAGGGUUGCCCCUUUUUCCGGGAAGUUCAGAGUACAAUCAGUUAUCGCGCAUCAUUGAUUCGCUUGGACUGCCUCCUGUGUACAUGACCGAGCAAGGGCGAAACUCAAAACGAUACUUUAACCGUGUGGAGAAAGACGGACGGAUCUCGUAUACCUUCAAGAGCAGACACCAGUACAUGGACGACGAGAACAAGAACGAAAAGGUGGGCAAAAAGUAUUUUUCCACGACCCAUCUUGAUGACCUUAUCUUGACGUAUCCAAUGCCUCGGAAACACAUGAGCGAAAAGGACAAGGCUAAAGAGAUGCAGAAACGUCUAUGCUUGGUCGACUUUUUGAAACAAGUGCUUCAGAUUGAUCCAUUGCGGCGCUUGACGCCUCAAGAAGCCAAGCACCAUCCAUUUAUUACGGGCGAGUACAAUGCAACCAAUAGCAGCACUGACAAUGCUACCGCUUCUGCCACUGCUGCUGCUCGGUCCACCGCCAAUAGCAGAAGAACAAGCAGCAGCAGCACUGUGAGCGGGAAGAUUGACUCAUCGCACGAUGCCCCGACAACAAUCACAGCCAUCACGCGACAGGUAGAGCAGGAAGAGGUUGAGCGAGAAAGACAAAAGGACGCCAUGUCAAACUGUUGUAUCUGCAGUGUCAGUGCUUCUGCUCAAAUCCGCGAGCAACACGAGGCACACCAAAGAGAAGAGCGUCAGAACAAAAAACAGGCAGCGCUUUUUCCGAAUGGUUCAAUGAUGGAUAACACAACAACACCGCCUCUCUCGCCCAUUGAAAUGAACGUCAAGGAAGCGUCCGUGUCCGGCAUCAGUACGGCUACCAACAUUCCACAGUCAAAUCGCAGCUCGCGACGGUCUUCGGCAGUCGGGUUGGUAUUGAAUGACCAAGAACAAGAGCACAACGGCGACGCGACUGGGUUACGGUUGAGACAGUCGUCGAUGCAAUGAUGGAUACUAGCAGCAAUAAAAGGAGUAAAACCGUAGUGUGUAUAUAUCUCUACUACUACUACUACUACUACUACUACUGCUUACAAAAUGUCUAUAUAUAGCUUAUAAAAAAAGGGAGAAGGUGGAAGAGGGGGGUUGUUG